GUGUACUUUGUACACAUUUUUUCACAAUAAGAAUUUUACGAGAAAAUUCAGCUACAUAUUGAUGAAGUUUUUCCAAAAAUAAUUAGUAGCAAGUGUUAAAAAAUAAAAUUUAAUAUAAAUACACAUACAUUAAUAACAAAUAAUAAAAGAAAAUCAAUAGAGAUUUUGAAAAACUAAAAAGUGCAUAUAAAUUUGUUUGUUGUAUUUUUAAAAUAUUGAUAAUAUGAUGUAGUAUGUGGUUAGUUUAUAGUGUGCGGGGGGGUCAAUAAAGUAAGAGGGGCUUAAUUUUUGUUGCUAUAUGAACAAACAACGACGACGACUCUUGCGGAACUUCUUACAAAUACAACCAACCAACUUGUUCACGGGAAUGGAAUGUUGUUUUGGACGAAAUAAGACGUACUUGAAUUUAUAAAGAAAUAUGUUAAUGAAGUUUUAUAAUAGUUAAGUGAAACAAAAGAAUGAAAUAAAAAAUAUUAAAAUUUAUUAAAUAAUAUACAAAAGAAAAAUGGAUGAACAUACUUUAAAUGAUUUAUUAGAAUGUUCCGUGUGUUUGGAACGUUUGGAUACCUCUUCAAAAGUUUUACCCUGUCAACAUACAUUCUGUCGCAAAUGUUUGGAGGUUAUUUAUGCUAGCCGCCAGGAAUUGAGGUGUCCAGAAUGUCGUAUUCUGGUUGAAACUAAAAUUGAUGAUCUGCCACCUAAUGUCUUAUUGAUGAGAAUUUUAGAAGGCAUGAAAAAUGCAGCAAGUAAACAGCACAGUAUUAUCAAUGAAAUAACAAAAGAAACAAAUGAGAAAAAGGAAACGUUACGACUACUUACUACUGCUACUACAAGUGGUGGUGCUGGUAUUCCUGCAACCGUAACAGCUGGUUUAAAUUCAAAUAUUUCAAAUGAGGAACGUAUGAGACAACAAAUUCAACAGCAACAGCUUAAACAAAGGCAACAACAAAUUUUACAAUUUCAACAGCAAAUACAACAGCAACAUCAUUUGCAUGCAACACAAAAUCAAGCCACGAUAACACAUCAUCAACAGCCAACAUCACAACAGCAACAAUUGUCGGCAACACAGCAGCCACAAUCGCAACAAAAUCAAACAAGACGUUGUAUUGUACCUCAUGCCUAUGCUUUAUAUGAUUUUGAUUCUAACGAAUCUAAUGAUUUAAAAUUCAAAAAGGGAGAUUUAAUUUUGUUAAAACGUAAAAUCGAUAGCAAUUGGUAUGUGGGACAAUUAAAAGGAGCUGAAGGAAAUUUUCCUAUUAACUAUGUACAGAUUGUAGUACCUUUGCCUACAUCACAAUGUGUGGCAUUGUAUGAUUUCAAAAUGGGUCCCAAUGAAGAAGAAGGUUGUUUAACAUUUAAAAAAGGCACAGUGAUACAAGUUUUACGUCGCGUCGACCAUAAUUGGGCAGAAGGUAGAAUAGGCUCUUCGAUAGGCAUAUUUCCUAUAGCAUUUGUGGAAUUAAAUCAAUUAGCUAAACAAUUACUAGACGGUUUUGUUUUAAACUCAACUGCCACACAACAGCAGCAGCCCUCAAAUACACAUAAUGGUCCGCAAAAUACUAAUAACGAUGCACGUCAUUUGCCACCAUUGCCGCCAAUCAUUGAUCCUACUCUAAACACUAAUACUGGCGAUUCUACCACUUCCUCCUCAACGGUAUCUUCAAACACUAAUACCGCUUCUUCCUCCUCAAAUUCUUCGACUACUACAAGUCCUACGGCAGCAGCAGCAUCAGUAAAUCCUACAAAUUCCUCAAACAGUGCAAGUUUUCAUUCUAUGCCCAAUAGUCCGCAAUCUUCUAAGUCUUCUACGCCCCAACAUUCUAGUACGAACACUUCGACAAAUCCCACAAAUUCCGUGCGUAUGCGUAAUAAUGAUUUAAAGCACAAAAGACAUUCCCUUAAUGCUUUAUUGAGUAAUGGUAGCACUGCCUUAAGUAUUAUGCAAACGAAUCGUCAUUCUGCUGAGAUUUUAAGUGUACCAAAUGAUUUCGAUAAUGAACCCACCAGUAGUACUAUGUCCACUUCUGCUGCUGGUCAAACUAUAGCGGCUAGAGAACAACAGGUUCAUAGUUCUAAUAUACCUUCCGUUAGUAAUACACAUUCUUCACAAAUUGCUCAAAAAGAAAUACCAACUAGUACUACAUCUACUUCCUCUUCCUCUACUUUACAACAGGCUUCACGUCAUAAUGUUUUGAAAACAUGCGUUCAACAGAAUAUGCCGCCAUCGUUGCCCUGGGGUUAUUUGGCUUUGUAUCCCUAUAAGCCGAGAAAAGCUGAUGAAUUGGAAUUGAAGAAAGGCUGCGUUUAUAUGGUAACAGAACGUUGUUUAGAUGGUUGGUUUAAAGGUAAAAAUUGGAAAGAUAUUAGUGGUGUCUUUCCCGGAAACUAUGUAACACCCUUAAGAGCUAGAGAUCAACAGCAAUUAAUGCAUAGCUGGAAAUUGAUACCACCUUCCGCCACAAUGCAAUCUAAUUAUCAAUCAGCAUCAAAUCUAAGCCAUCAAGCUGCUCCAACUAUAAACACCACAGGAGGUCAUGCAACACCACAACAGCAGCAACAACUAUCACCCAGUUAUCCAUCAUCAAUGCGUAAUGAUUUGGAAAACAUAAAUGCUCGCUUAACAUUGGCAAAUCUUACACCACAUCAAGCCAUGCCACCGGAUUUGCCACCACGUUAUAUGGCCAUUAGUCCGACUCCUAAUAAUGUAACCAACAGUAAUAAUAUAACCCUGACUUCUAAGGAAAAUCGUGAUAAAGAAGCACAAAAGGAAAAGCCAACAUCCACAGGUUGUAUAUCAACUUCAUCGUCAUCAUCUUCUUCACAGUCUACUGCAUCAUCAGCCUCGGCAGGUCUUAAAAAGUUUUUAACUCACAUUAAGUCCAGAUCGAAAUCUCCCAGUGCAGCUGUAGCAGCAGCAGCUGUUGCAGCCUCAGUAGCCAGUAUUCAAACAAAUGUUAUAACACAAUCACACAAUAAUUCUCCGAAUCAGAUUCAACAACAUAAUAUGAAAAAUAAUGCUUCAAGCCUGCAAACUCAAAUGACAAAUAUGAGUUCGUCCUCCUUAACACCGGUUCAUGUGCGUUCUGGCUCUUGUCCCAGUCAACUUUUACAAAACUUACCCACUGAUGUGCACCUUAAUGAAAAUAACAAAAGUUCCACAACGAACAAUUCUCAACAAUCUUCACCUCAAAACCAAUAUGGUUCGCAUCGUAUUAAAGGUCCUAAAGAGAGAGCUUCUUUGGAGAACACACGUCCCACAAUUGAUUCAACUUUACGUAGUAUUUACGCCAACCACAUUCAACAGCAAUCUGCUCUAAUGGCCUCCAAUAAAUGUGGCCAACAGUAUCAGCAGCAACCACAUCAGUUACCUUUACCGACAAAUUCAAAUCCCAACUUAAAUAAUUCGGGAAUUGCCAUACAUCAUCGAAAAUCUCAUUCUCUUGAUGCCUCGAAUAUUCUACAAUCAUCUCCUAUAACACCAACUACAAGUACCUUUUCCAAUAACGGUGCUGGUAGUGGUGUUGCAAAUUUAAAGACAUCUCCUCAAUGUAAUAUAAAUGCCGCGGCUAUACAUGCUAGUGCUACAACGAAAUCAACACAAAAUAUGAGUGAAAGUCGUUUUCGCUGUGUAGUUCCUUACCCGCCCAACAGUGAUGUUGAAUUGGAACUACAAGUCGGUGACAUUAUAUUUGUGUACCGCAAACAAAAAAAUGGUUGGUAUAAAGGUACCAAUUCACGAACAUAUAAGACUGGUUUAUUUCCUGCUUCAUUUGUUGAACCCGAUUUAUAAAUUAAAACAUAAAAAAAAUACUAAAAAAUAAUAAUUUAAAAGACUUGUAACACUGUAAGUUUAA